CUGAGAAUUGUGAUUCUGAUUUUGUGCAAUUGAAUCCUUUGUUUACCAUUGAUUCCUCUUUAGAAAAGUGAGUCAUUUCAAGUUCUGAUUACAUGUAUUAUAUUUAUUAUUGUCAUAACGUUUAUAAUAAGCUUUAUAUAAUAAACAACUAUAUGUAACUAAUUACGUAUAUAACGGCGUUUGAUUAGGAAUGGUUGUAAAAAAUUAAAUAAACCAUGUCAUUACCAAUAGAUGAAAGUCCUAUAAUAAACGAGGACAUCGAAAACGAUGUAACGAGUAGUCGGAGAACUCUGGUUCAAACAGAAACAGUUGAAGAAACAACAGGAUGGAUCAAAAGUCGUACUGUAUUGGGAAUAAUGGGAUUCCUUGGCUUUGCCAAUGUGUAUGCAAUGAGAGUAAAUCUCUCUGUUGCAAUAGUAGCCAUGGUAAAUUCCACAGCUCCAGUACCAUCAAAUGAAACUUUGGAUGUUUGUCCUGCAUCACAAUCCAGUAAUAACACAGUACCUACUAGACCCGGUGAUUUUAAUUGGAGUGCAGAACAACAGAGCAUAAUCCUAGGAUCAUUCUUUUAUGGAUACGUAUUAACACAGAUACCAGGUGGAAGAAUAGCUGAAAUAUUUGGUGGGAAACUUGUAUAUGGAGUGGGAGUAUUAUUGACAGCUAUCUUCACAAUUUUGAGCCCCAUAGCAGCAUUUGUGGAUUUCAAAUUCUUCAUAGUUGUGCGAGUGUUGGAAGGGCUUGGUGAGGGAGUGACAUAUCCAGCCAUGAUGGCCAUGCUUGCAAGGUGGAUUCCACCCUUGGAGAGAUCUAAGUUUGCUGCUAUUGUGUAUGCAGGUUCAAACAUUGGCACAGUGAUAUCCUUACCAAUAUCAGGGUGGCUAUGCACAUUAGAACUUGGCGGCGGUUGGCCUCUUUGCUUUUACUUGUUUGGAGGUCUCGGUGUACUAUGGUUUAUCGCUUGGAUGUUUUUGAUAUAUGAUACGCCGCAGAAGCAUCCGCGAAUAUGUCCCAAGGAGGUGGAAUAUAUCACACAGACUAUUGGUCCGCAGGAUGACAAGCCAUCAAUGUCAAUACCAUGGUGCAAAUUCCUCACCUGCUUACCACUAUGGGCAAUAUUGAUAGCGCAGUGUGGCCAGUCAUGGCUGUUCUACACUCAACUAACUGAAUUACCAACGUAUAUGAACAAUAUACUGCACUUUGAUAUUGUGUCUAAUGCAAGACUAUCUGCUCUGCCAUACCUGACAGCUUGGAUUGCAGGCAUCAUUAUAAGUGUGUUCGCUGACUGGCUCUUGGCAAAAGGGUGGAUAUCUCGACUGAACAGUAUGAAACUGUGGAAUACAGUAGCGGCGUUUAUCCCAGCGUUCGGUUUGCUGGGCAUCGCGUGGGCGGGCUGUGACCGCAUUGCUGUGAUGUUAUUGCUCAGUAUUACGUCAGCGUUCGGAGGCGCUGUUUAUGCUGGUAACCAAAUGAACCACAUCGACUUAUCGCCGCAGUUCGCGGGCACGAUGUACGGGAUCACGAACGCCGCGAGCAACAUUUGCGGCUUCAUGGCGCCCUACGUGAUUGGACAGAUCAUUAGUUCCGAUCAGCAAACCCUGGGCCAGUGGCGCGAGGUGUUCUACUUAGCGGCGGCCAUUGAUCUUGGUGCCAAUCUGUUUUAUUUAUUCUUCGCUAGUACAGAGGAACAGGACUGGUCUCGGCCAGACAGCGACGACAUGACAGCAUCAGCUCCAGUGGAGAGUAUAUUGUUCCCCGAGUCUUAGGGGACAAUAUGCGCGCCUGCACAAUAUGAUACAGCGGUUUGAGUCGUCUCACAUUGCCAGAUGUUGUACGAUCAUUUGACAUUUCGAAUUUCGAAUUCGGUUUUUUUUUUAGUGUCAUUUUGACAUUUUAUUUAUUUUUUAUUUUUAUGCCAGUGAGCGAUGAAUUUUUGCCAGUGUGGAACUUUUUGGUCUGCUAUUUUAUGUAGAUGUUGUGUGUGACAUGUUUAGGGAUUUUAUGAAUGUUACUUGCAGCAGGUAAAUUCAAUAUACAAAUUUACUUUAACUAUAAUGGAUUGUCUUCCCAUCAAUUUCCAAAUUUUUAUUUUCAUAAGCAAUCUGAAAUAUGUAUCUUCUAUAAAAUAUUUAAAACAUUAAUUGUACGACAACUGGCAUUGACGACGUGUUUACGAAGUAUACGGUUGCAGUGCAGGCACGUUUUUAGAUAAAUAUUAUAGUAAUCAUAGUGAAAUAAAAGAAGUGAGCUUCUUGAAUUAUAACCAAUCAGGAAGCGGUAAAAUGAAAUAUGACAUUAUAUUAUCCAAUCAGUUGUUAGCUAUAUAGUGAACAGUGUUAUUUAAUCGUUUAUAAUAUGUAUUUUGUAUUAUGUAAUUAGUAAACAAUCCAUGGACUUAUAUCACUCACACAAAUUAUAUGAUUUUUAAUUAUAAUAAAAUUCUAUGCGUGAUGCGAGAAAUAGCGAGAGAUGAAUACGAAGUAUUUUUGGCAUGUUGUAAAACGAAAUAUAGUGAAGGUGCUAAAAAUGGUAUGAAUGAAUUUUAAAAUCAUUUAGAACAACAUAACAGUUAUAAAAUAUGUAUUUUGUAUUAAAAUUGUAUUUGGAACAUUUAUUUUAUUCAAAUUUAUUCUGUUAAUAAAUUAUAUUCAUAAACUGUAACAACUUUGAGCAGUACUUAAAAUCGAUUACCUAUACAUUAUGUUUUGGAUUUCUUUUUAACUUAACAUUAAUUGCAUUAUCAUAUAUUUUGUAUAUUAUUUACGCAAUACACAAUGUACGUUCCUAUUAAAAAUUUAUAAAAUCGAUUUAUUUUACACAACAGCUUGAAUUAUUAUAAUGAUUUGAAUUUAACCCUAUUGGGUGGGAAACAUACAGAUAUGUAGUUAAUAGAUAAUAUGAGCACGCUUUUUAUUAAAAUUAUUUACUCCCAGUUUCACAACUUCUGGUUAUGUUCCGUUUAGUAUCUAUUAGAUAACGUGACAAAUAAUGUAUGAGAAUACAAAAUAAUGUAUGAAAGUAUAGAGAAGAAUUGUUAAUAGGCUAUCAUCAGGGACUUUAUAAGCAAGAUGUGAAUCGGGCCCUUAAUUUUAAAAACCGCAAACACGUGGUGCUUUAAUACAAUAAUAGUGGCAUAGAUAACGCCACUGCCAAAGAUUUUGGAAGUAUUUUUUUCAACAGAUAUUCAUACGUGAAAAGGAUGUUUGGAAAACUUUUUAAAUUGUAAAAAUGGUUUAAAUAAAACGACUGUGAUGUAAGUGUAGCGAAUGUGGAUAUGAAAUGGUGUAAUUCUUAG